GUAAAGUCACAACAAAAAAAAGUAAACAAAUUGCUAAUUUGUGUGAAAUAAAUAAUAAUGAUUUAUUUGUGAUAUUUCUCCAAAAGCCGUACAGAAUGGCUGGUCUCUUAUGUAGAAUAUGCCUGGCACGUGAUACUCGUAUGUGUACAAUGUACAACACGCCACUGGAAGUGCUUUAUCAAAAAAUCACAAAAAUACCUCUUAAAACAAAAGACGGAAGACCGCACGUGGUGUGUUAUGUCUGCUACCAUUUAUUGAGCAAGUGUCACAAAUUCAUUGAAAGUGCCGUUAAAACUGACAAAGUUCUUCAACGACUAUGUAGCAGUGGUAUACAGUUAACCGAGCAGCAUAUUGCAGCGAUAGACAAGGCUUUCUUACUCACACCAUUAACUAAGUCACGCGUUAUAAAUGUAAACGCAAUAAGCGAUUCAGACGGAGUCAGUAUAGAAGUGGCCGAAGUCAAGAGAGAAAUUGAAGAAGAUAAGCCUAUAUAUUAUGAGGUGGAAGUUGUUAAAGAAAAAGCUGAUUCUUUAGGGUUUGACGGUAUAAAUAAUACAGAACAUAGUUCAAAACAGUACGCUUGUACUAUCUGUGGUCAUUGCUUGCUGACCAAAGCUGAAGCUAGGAAGCACUACAAAUGGCAUGGCACCUCCGAAGAACCCUAUCUGGACUGUCUGAAUUAUUUAUUUGGCGCUCCACCAACUGUGGAAGUCACUAUGCAACCUAUCACGGCGCCAACUGACCACAAAGAAGCACUAACGGCACAAACAGGCACCAUACAAACAGCCACUGCACCAACUUACAGCAUACAAGAGUUGACGGCGCCAACUGACCACAAAGAAUCACUAACGGCGCCAACUGACAGCAUACAAGUGGUGACGGCGCCAAUUCAUAGCAGAGAAGUGCUGAAGUCUCCGCAAACUAUCAUAGCGUCCGACACUAGUCCAACGAAGAUUGAAAAUGAUGAAGAGAUGCCUAAGAAAGAAGAUAUGGACGAAAAAUCAAAUUUACCCGAAGAACUAAAAGAUGAAUCGCCAAAAAUUUACAAAAACGAAAAAGAAUUAAUGAUAGAAAUGAAAAUAGACGUCUAUAAAAAAAUUGUGAAACCAAAGAAUAUAAUAAAGAAAAAAGAAGAAACUGCGAAACCAAAUAAUACAAUAAAGAAAAAAGAAAAAGCAACUAACAGUGAAGUGACUGUAAAAAAGAGAAAACUCACUAAAAACAUGAAACCAAAUAGAAAAAAUGAAACAAAAUUAACCGUUAGUAAUAAUUUAAGCGAAAACGAGGUAUAUUGUGAAGUCCCAUUAUUUAAAUCGGAUGACCCGUUAGACACAAAUUAUAAAGAUAAUACACCAAAUACAGAUAAAUUAGACAGUUCAGACACGAAUAUGGACACGGAAGAUAUAGAACAAAAUGAUGAAAAUGAAACGAAAAAAAUUACAGCAACAGAAAAAACAUUUCCAUGUGAUACUUGUAAAAAAGUCUUCCGAAGUAAUGCGAGGUUGAAACGCCAUAGACGUGUGCACACGGGCGAGAAACCAUUCUCAUGCGAACAUUGCUCGAAAACAUUCGCAGACAAAUGUAACCUAAGUCGACAUUCCCGAAUCCAUUCCGGAGAAAAGCCAUUCGAGUGCGAACAUUGCUCGAAAACAUUCGCAGAAAAAGCUCAUUUAACUAGUCAUAUACGGAGACAUACAGCUGAAAAACCGUUCUCAUGUAACUAUUGUCAUUACAAGACUGCAUAUGAAAAUGUUUUAGUUCGUCAUAUACGGAGACAUACAGGUGAAAAACCGUUCUCAUGUACCUAUUGUCAUUACAAGACUAUUAAAAAAGAUAGUUUAACUACUCAUAUACGGACACAUACAGGUGAAAAACCGUUCUCAUGUAACUAUUGUCAUUACAAGACUGUUCGAAAAGCUCAUUUAAUUAAUCAUAUACGGACACAUACAGGUGAAAAACCGUUCUCAUGUAACUAUUGCGAUUACAAGACUGCUGUACAAUCUCAUUUAACUACUCAUAUACGGACACAUACAGGUGAAAAACCGUUCUCAUGUAACUAUUGUCAUUUUAAGACUGUUCAAAAAUCUCAUUUAUCUACUCAUAUACGGACACAUACAGGUGAAAAACCGUUCUCAUGUAACUAUUGUCAUUACAAGACUGCUGUAAAAUCAGAUUUAAUUAAACAUAUACGGAUACAUACAGGUGAAAAAUCGUUCUCAUGUAACUAUUGCCAUUAUAAGACUACUCAAAAAUCAACUUUAAUUAAACACGAAAGGACACAUACAGAUGAAAAACCGAUUUGAGGUAAACAGUCACUAUAGAAAAAAAUUCUUCAGUAAUUAUUCCAGUAGGUUGUAGGUAUAGUUAGUAGUAUAAAAGCAGUAAAAGAUGUAGCUAAAAGUCUUUGGUGUAAGUAGGUAGGUAUACUAUACAGGGUGGAAACGAUGAGGUGAUCUCACUCGAUUAUUUCUAAACUAUGCAAGAUAUCGAAAAAUUGAUUACUGAUCCUUAAAGUGCUUACCGCGUACGUGCUUAACAAGUUUUUGGAUAUCUUGUAUAGUUUUUAAUAUUGUGUGGUUUUACUAAAUGUAUGGAAGCUGGAAACAUUGAAUUUUCGGAUAGAUCCAUUUAUUUUGUAACCUAUUAUUGGUACCGUUGGAUAGAGCUCGGGAAGCACUUUCAGGAUCAGUAACCAGUUUUUGGAUAUCUUGUGUAGUUUAGAAAUAAUCGAGUGAGAUCACUUAUCGUUUCCAUCCUGUAAAGGGAGGCACACAGAAAAGGCCUAAGUUACCAACAACGAGAACCGAACAUAGGACCACUUAUGGCAAUGUUAGUAGGUAGGUACGUCACUACCGUCAUAUUUUUCUUCCGUUCAGUUAAUGUUCUCAAAGCUAUAUAGGUCUACGCAAUACUUUGAGAAUAGUAACUGAGUAUUAUUUAUUUAUUUUUAACAGAGUUAUAAAGUUGCCUUUUUAAACUGUAUUUUCUCAAUUAUUAAUUUAAUAUUGACAUAAGUAUGUUAUUCUAAUGAUGGUAGUUCAUUCAUGAACAUGAUUUUGAAAUUACUUACAAUUUGAGACAAUAUUAUAGUUAUUAAUAUUAAUAGGUAUUUUAACUAAGUUCUUUACUAAACAAAAAAUACACCGAAACUAAUAAAAUGUUUUGUUUGUAUUAAACACGAACUAUUUAUUACUAAUGAAGUCUUGAUUACUAUCAAUACUAAUUUACGACAAAAAGUAUAUUUUCCAUUUUUUUUUGUAAUUCAUUCUACCACUAUAAUUUGUUUUUUUUUUAUUGUAAGAGAAAAAAUAUUUUUGUUUUAUAAUUGUUAUUGUGUUUAAAUUGUGUCCCUGUCUGCAUGAUACAAAUAACAUUUAAGUAACAUAACGCCUUAAUAAAGUUUACUAAACUAAAA